AUGGCCAGCGGACCACCGUUGGUUGGUCGAGUACACCCUGCUUGGGCGGGCUCGUCGUGGUGUCCUGAGCUGUGCACCUUUGAUUUGAAGAAUGCUUAUCGCCAAUUUGCGUUGAACCCGAGCCAUCGUGCCUUCUCCGUCGUUGCCCUUCUCAAUCCGGAUAAUGGCGACUUGGGACUGUUUGAGGGUAAGGCUUUGCCUUUUGGAAGCACAUCGUCCGUGCUCCACUUCAACAGGUUGUCUAGGUUGCUGUGGCGGAUAGGUUUGGAAGUCUUCCUGUUCUGGGCCAACUUCGUUGACGAUUAUCCAGUGAUGAGCCCGUGCUGUCUUUCAGGUUCCACCAUGGACACCUUGCUUGUGUUGUCCUCAGUGCUUGGUUUUUCCGCAUCCCUUGACAAACUGAACCCAUUUGCAGACGUCGCCUCCAUGCUUGGGGUCGAGAUUGACUUGAAAGGAGCCAGGGAAGGUGUCAUUCGGAUUAGGAACAAGGAAGGCCGAUCCAGUGAGGUGUGUGAUGCCAUCCGUGAAUGCAUCAGUGAAGGUUGCAUCAAGAUGCGUACUUUUGCCAGGGUUGCAGGUCGUGUCCAGUUCUCCGAUGCGCAAGUCAUGGGGAGAACCGGAAAGCUCGCAUUGGCGGAGCUGAGAGCCGCUUCCACACGCCACGCCUCCCGGUUUGUUCUGGGUCCCCGCGAGAUCGAGGCUUUCGAGUUUCUCAUUGAUCGCCUCUCUUUCGGUUCCCCUAGGGUAGUCCCUUGUGUGGUUGCCCCUAAGCCUGUUUUGAUCUUCACGGACGGAGCAAGCGAACAGUCUGGCAACACCGUUGGAGGUAUUCUUUACUCUCCUUCUGAUGUGCGGCCCCGAUUCUUUUCUUGUGAAGUUCCUUGUGCCUUGGCAGACCGAUGGAGGCAGCAUCUGAAGCAUAUUAUCGGACCCGUUGAGGCGUACGCUGUCGCCCUGGCACGCAAGGCUUUCCACCAGUACAUGUCUGGACAGUAUUGCCUUUUCUUCGUUGACAACGACGCUGUCCUUCUCAGCUUUGUGCGAGGAACGUCUAACAGUGAUCACUUUCGAGAGCUGCUUCUCACAUGGGAAUGCUGUGAGAAACAUGGUCCAUCGUGGACAUACUGGACAAGGGUCCCUUCCGCAUCCAAUCCUUCAGACGACCCGUCACGCGGUGAGUUCAGAGCACUUGUUGAUUCGGGUGCAUUACGAGUUAAGUGCUCAUGCCCCAUCUCGGGCAUCCCGCUGGUCGACUUGUAA